CCCGCCCGUGCCGCCCGCCGGUGCCGCCGUGCCCAUGGAGGCCGCCGGCGAGGCCGAGGCGCGGCUGCUGCUGCUGCAGGAGGCCCGGGAGAGCAUCGAGGCGGCGCGGAGCCACCGCCGGGAGCUGCAGCAGCGCCUGCGGGGGCUGCACCAGGCGCGGGAGCAGAUCAAAGAGAGCGCAGCGCUGACCAGGGAUGUGCUCGAGCAGCAUUUCAACGACUUGAAAGGGACCCUGAAGAAGCUGCUGGAUGAGAGGCUGCUGUCCCUGCUGCAGGAGGUGGAUACCAUAGAGCAGGAGAGCAUCAAGCCCUUGGACGAGUGCCAGAAGCUGAUCGAGCAGGGGGUGAGCGUGGCCGACGAGCUGCUCCGGGAAGGGGAGAGCGCAGUGGAUGGAGAUGUGGGACAGCAGAAUGAGAAGCUUUGCAACUUCACCAAAAAAGCUUUACACAUCCAGCUGGACAGCUUACCAGAAGUGCCCUCCUUGGUCGACGUGCCUUGUCUGUCUGCCCAGCUGGAUGAUUGCCUCCUCACUAUACUGAAAAAUCAGAUCUUCACACAUGGCACCGUGGCCUCUCGCCCCCCUGUGCAGCUGGAGGAGUUUGUGGAAAAGCCUGGGGGUAUUUUAGUCCGAUGGUGUAAGGUGGACGAGGACUUCACCCCCCAGGAUUACCGGCUGCAGUUCCGCAAGGGCACCGCCAGCCCCUUCGAGGACGCGUACGUGGGCUCGGAGACGGAGUUCAUGGUGCUGCACAUCGACCCCCACGUGGAUUACCAGUUCCGCGUGUGCGCCCGCGGGGACGGCCGGCAGGAGUGGAGCCCCUGGAGCGUCCCCCAGCUCGGCCGCACCUCGCUGGUGCCACACGAGUGGACAGCUGGGCUGGAGGGUUACAGCCUGAGCAGCCGCAGGAACAUCGCGCUUCGGAACGAUUCCCAGUCCUGUGGUGUCCUCUACUCCAAAGCUCCCACCUAUUUCUGUGGGCAAACCUUGACCUUCAGGAUUGAGACCGUGGGGCAGCCGGACAGGCGGGACAGCCUGGGGGUGUGUGUGGAGCAGCAGAACGGCUUCGACUCCCUGCAGCGGGACAAGGCCGUGUGCGUCAGCACCAACGGGGCGGUGUUUGUGAACGGGAAGGAGAUGACAAACCAGCUGCCUGCCGUUACCUCGGGCUCCACGGUGACGUUCGACAUGGAAGUGGUGCAGUUGGGGCCCUGCAGCAGCGAGGGAGGGAACUUCAAGCUCCGGGUGACCAUCAGCUCCAACAACAGAGAAGUGGUCUUUGACUGGGUACUUGAUCAGUGCUGUGGCUCGUUGUAUUUUGGGUGUUCAUUUUCAUACCCAGGCUGGAAGGUUUUGGUGUUUUAGCAGCGACUAAAAGGGAUUUUUGUCGAAAAGUGUAACGUUAUAACCUGGGUUUCCAGCUGUUUGACAACAAUCUGGUAACAAAAACCUGUCUUUAUAGUACUUGAACUCCACUAUAUUGUACUUCCUACUGGAUUCAUUUAAGCAAUAAUUGUGAAACAUUGGAUCUGUUACUCUGGAAAAAGCUAGAAGCAGGCAUUUGCUUAGGCAAAUUAAUUUAAGCAGUCCAUCAGACCUUUCCCUUUCUUCCUCCAGACUUGAUUCGUGUCAGUAUUUCAUUGUACUCUCGUCUCAGGGUACGCGUGUUGUGUCGAGUUAACUUCGCUUCGAGCUGCUGGUCUGUGAGAUGAGCAGGUGGGGGUGGUAGUGGACCAAAAUUGUAUUUACACCCCCCAGAGAGAGCACAGUGUUUAGAGCAGAGUCCUGCUCUGCUCCCUUGGACACUCUGCUGCCUCAGGAGCGACUGGACACUGAGCCCCUUCCCCGCACGGUACC